GCGUACCGUUCAGUGGAGAGACCAUUAUUGUCCAGAAAACUUGAGAAGACACACACAGCCCAACCAGGAGACCAAAUUGUUGCGGAAAUCAUCAAGGAAACACUCGCAGACCUCUGAAGUUCCUCUGAAGCUAAUAUGGAGAUCGUUGAUGCAUCUUUGGUCACCUUCAUCAACCCCACCUACUUCCCUGGAAAGUUGUGGCGUUUGGUGAAUGAUCCUGAGAUUCGCUCAGUCUGGUGGGACGACAGCGGGGAAGGGAUACUUGUUCAUCAACAAACCUUCGAAGCUGAAGUGCUUUUGUCCCAACCCACCCACCUGUCAGAGUACUUCAGGACAACUGACUUCAUAAGUUUCGUUCGCCAGCUGAACCUGUACGGCUUCAAAAAACAACGCAUAGACAACGUCUUGGACAAGCAGUCGAACAACUCUUCGAUUAAGGCCCAACUGCACCAUUUUCAAAACCCAUAUUUUAAACGGGAUAAGCCUGAGCUUCUGCUCAAUAUGAAGCGACUUACGCCACUCAACAAGGCCAAGCUCGCCGGGUUAAAGGUGACCAGCAGGAGGCCAAAACCUUUUCAUCACGUGAUGCGGAAUUUGCCACAGGAAACCUCUGGCUUAAUGAAAACAGGUUCAACCUUGCUUGAACAUCAGGGAACCCCUUACUACCAUCCCUGUAAUGUCCCUCAGCAGGAGCAGAGGAGCAACUUACCUCAUCACUCACAGUACGGGUUUUACACACCAGUGUAUCAGCGCUGUAGCCCAGACUUCUUGGAUUCAAACGUGCCAAGCUUUCAACAACCAGCUGCUUCCUACUCUCCUGGUGACUAUUACCCUGACUACUCAGUCGGAUACACUGAUCCGAUUGAUCAGGAUCCAUACUGGAAAGCAGGUGAUGUUCCAGAGUCCAGUACGAGUGACCUGGACAAAGAGAAAGAGGAACUGGACGCUAUAUUAGAUCUGGCGUUGGACAUGCAGGCUGAAGUUGAUGCCCGGAGGUUGCUGCAGCUAUCAGUCACCUGUUAAGACAGCUUGAGUGGGUGUUACGAACCCGGUCUAGGUCAGGCCGCUAUGUACAAAGAUAAUUUGCAGUGCACUGGAAGCAGAGGGUACGGGCUCGCUCAUCCAGGCAGCAAUAAAAGAGAAGCCAGCCCUGCAGAUGUGAUCAUUGACUCUAGCUGCUGUGGUUAGAUGAGAGACAGAGAGUUAGAAGAGAGACAGAAGGCCAGAAGCAAUGCUGUGUGUUUCCAUUUUGAUCGUUGCUAUAAAAAUCAAAAAUUAAAUAAAAACUCUCCCAAGGUGGAAAAAUAAUCUUCCAAACAAAAUGAAUCAAAGAGAUAGAGACUGAAUGCAGUCGAUACAAAAAAAUCAUUUGUAAAAUAGACAUUUGAUUGAAUGACAGUUUAUAGUUUUUAUGUGUAUUUUAGGAAAAUAUAAGAUGUAAAUUACGUCCAAGUCACUUGAGAGCAUUACUGUAAAUUAAUAUAAACCUAUAGCUCUCCAGAUUAUUUGUUGUAUUAAUAAUUGUGUUUCACAUUUUUUUAGACCUGAAUGUUAUAAAUGUUAGGAAGAUUUUUUGUUUAUUUUUAAAUAUCUUAUCUUAUUUAUUUAUUCAUUUCAUGCAUACUGUUUUAGUGUUUUUUAUGCUGCCUGACAUGUAGAGAAGUAACUGUUAUCAGUAAAGUGAAUUAUUUCUUUUAA